AUAGUGACUCUUCAGUACUUAUAAUAGUAAAAGUGCAAAUAAUCAAGAGAAAUAAACAACAAUAUAAUAAUAACAAAUAUAUUUAUAAAAGGAGAUGCUUUUUUGGGCGAUUCGUUAAAAUAAUAAUCAUGAAUAUAAAUAAUAAUCAUCAUCAGAUUCCAUUAUUUUAUUAAGUUGAAAAUUAAGCUCUUAAACAAAAAUAUCAUAAUUAAGAGAGCACACAUAUAAAUACAUAAUAUAAAUAUAAAUAAUAUAAGGUCUCCUCCUAGCUAGCCAGACCAAGCUUCAAUUUUUAUUAUAAUUAUGGCUUAUAAGGUGUAUCCUAGAGUUCCUUCUCUCUCUCCCUACUUGACUCCAGAAAGAGAAAAAUUCACCAUAUGGAUGAAAUCACUCGUCUUCCAAACCAAUGGUUGCACAGUUUAUAACUCCAAUGGACAAAUUGUUUUCAGAGUUGAUAAUUAUGAGAAGAAAUGCAGUAGUGAAGUGUAUCUAAUGGAUCUUAAAGGCAAAGUUCUCUUUACCAUUAGAAAAAAGAAACUACAAGCUUUUGGUGGUUGGGUUGGCUAUAGAUGCUGUAGUAAUAAUAAUAUUAAUGAUGAUGGUCAGUUAGAGUCAUCAGAUAUGAUCAAUAUUAGUACUGAAGAAAAACCAUGGUUUAGAGUUACAAGACAAUAUUGUAAAAUGCUUAUGGGAGAUUUGGCUUGUCAUAUAAAUGUUGGUUGUGAUGAUAAGUAUAGAAUAGUGAGAAUAGCAGGAAAAGCAGUUGGCUUCAGAAUAGUCAACCUUGAUGGAAAGAUUGUUGCAGAGGCUAAACAAAAGCAGUCAUCUUCUGGGGUUGUGUUAGGAGAUGAUGUAUUGUCUCUGGAAGUUGCACCUUGUGAAGAUCAUUCUCUUAUAAUGGCUCUUGUCAUGGUCUAUGGAUUAAUCCGUAGAAAAAUGUAGAUAUAUAUAUAUAUAUAUAUAUAAUUGAUUUAAUACAGUAUGAGUUUUCUAACCCCUGUUCAAGUUUCGGUUGUACAUAUAUAUAUAU